GCCACACGCCCACCCCUCCUCUCUCUCUCUGUCUCUCUCUCUAUCUACUUUCUCUCUCUAAAACAACAAACAAAAACACCGCCACCGCCACCACCACCUCCACCUCCACCUCCACCUCCCGACGCGGAGUACCAACACUAGCCCCAAAGAAGAGUGGAAAGGAGAUGAGCAUGGAUUCGGAGGCUCCUGCUGCCCCAGUGGUUGACAAGGUCAGCCAGUUGGCAGAGACAUCAGCAAAUGGCAGGUCCCAUCCUAGCAAAAAGAAUCAAGGAAAAGUUCCAGUAAGAAUUCACAAGUCUGAGAGGGAAAAAAUGAAGCGUGAGCAUUUGAACGAGCUCUUCAUUGCGCUGGCUAAUGCCCUUGGACCGUUGCAGCAGAACAAUGGAAAGGCCUCGAUACUGGGGGAAACUACGCGACUCUUGAAGGAGAUGCAUGCUCAGAUUGAGGGCCUCAGAAGAGAGAAUGCAGCUUUGUUGUCAGAAUCUCAAUAUGUGAGUAUCGAGAAAAAUGAGCUUCAUGAUGAGAAUUCUGCACUAGAAUCUCAGAUUGUGAAGCUGCGAAUUGAGCUACAAGAGAGAGUGGUACACUCUAAACCUGACCUGAAUGUACCUCCUCCCGAGGAAUCUUCACAUUUUUCUUUAGAACAACCUGCAUUACAGCAAGCACCACCGUACGGAAGUCCUUUCUAUGUCAUCCCUGUUUGUUCUGAUCCGCAAGCUUAUUCAGAGCAAGACACUACACAACCUGCAUUGAAGCCUACCACAAAUGUGAGUAAACCACAUGCCAGGUAUCCCACGCCUUCUGAUUCGUGGCCAGCCCAACUUCUAGGAAAGUAACAGGAGUCAUCGUAGCGGUGGAGAAUUAGGGUAUAGGUAAUGUGUAAGGCUGAAACUACUACAACUUUGUCAAAAGUUAUAGUGACAUGUAGGUUUAACUCUGGUUAAUUUUCCUUUGUAGUGGUGAAUGUUCAAUUGCCUCCCAAUGGGAGAAUGUACAUUAUAUCAUGGAUGGGGGUGUAAUUUAGAGCAUAUACAUGUCCUUUUUUAUGGUGGUUGAACA